AUGUGUGAUAUUUACAAGCGUGGUCUCUUGUCAACAGCCCUGAAACAAUUUGGUCAUGAUUCAACGUUAUGGAAGCUGCAAGAAGACAAUGACCCAAAACAUACAUCGAAACUAGCAGUCAAUUGGAAAAGGAAUAAUGGAGUUCAUGAAAUUCAGUGGUCGUCAAUGUCAUCUGAUCUGGCACCCAUCGAAAAUGUAUGGCAACUACUCAAGAUAAAUUUAAGAAGAAAAAAAAUGGAAAGUUAUCAAUCUUUGGUUUCGGCCAUAAAGCGAGAAUGGAAGUCCUUACCAUCGGAAUUAGCUAUAAAACUUGUACAUAGUAUGAACAAUCAAAUGUCUGAAGUUAUUGAAAGUGAUGGUGACUUUAUAUUGCGUUAA